AUGGCGGUGCAGGAGUCAGCUGCCCAGCUGUCCAUGACCCUGAAGGUCCAGGAGUACCCGACCCUCAAGGUGCCCUAUGAAACACUGAACAAACGCUUCCGAGCAGCUCAGAAAAACAUCGACCGAGAAACAAGCCACGUCACCAUGGUGGUCGCUGAGCUGGAGAAGACCCUGAGCAGCUGCCCUGCCGUGGACUCGGUGGUCAGCCUUCUGGACGGCGUGGUGGAGAAGCUCAGUGUUCUGAAGAGGAAGGCGGUGGAGUCCAUCCAGGCCGAGGACGAGAGCGCCAAGCUGUGCAAGCGCCGGAUCGAGCACCUCAAGGAGCACAGCAGUGACCAGCCGGCGGCCGCCAACGUGUGGAAGAAGAAGCGCAUGGACCGCAUGAUGGUGGAGCACCUGCUGCGCUGCGGCUACUACAACACGGCUGUGAAGCUGGCGCGGCAGAGCGGCAUCGAGAGCUGCCUGGAGUUUAGCCUGCGCAUCCAGGAGUUCAUCGAGCUCAUCCGGCAGAACAAGAGACUGGACGCUGUGAGACACGCGAGGAAACACUUCAGCCAGGCAGAAGGGAGCCAGCUGGACGAGGUCCGCCAGGUCAUGGGCAUGCUGGCCUUCCCGUCUGACACGCACAUCUCCCCAUACAAGGACCUCCUGGACCCGGCCCGGUGGCGGAUGCUGAUCCAGCAGUUCCGAUACGACAACUACCGGCUGCACCAGCUGGGCAACAACUCGGUCUUCACACUCACGCUGCAGGCCGGCCUCUCGGCCAUCAAGACCCCGCAGUGUUACAAGGAGGACGGCAGCUCCAAGAGCCCCGACUGCCCCGUGUGCAGCCGCUCCCUCAACAAGCUGGCCCAGCCCCUGCCCAUGGCCCACUGCGCCAACUCCCGCCUGGUGUGCAAGAUCUCCGGCGACGUGAUGAAUGAGAACAACCCGCCCAUGAUGCUGCCCAACGGCUAUGUCUACGGCUACAACUCUCUGCUUUCCAUCCGCCAAGACGACAAAGUCGUGUGCCCAAGAACCAAAGAAGUCUUCCACUUUUCCCAGGCUGAGAAGGUGUACAUCAUGUAG